UCAAGGUUUGUGUGCAGAGCUACAAAGGAAUGAAAUGGAAUUGGAGAACCUACAGGCAGUAAACGGUGGUCUUGAUCAUGAGAUCCAAGAAUACAGGACCAAAUGCAUUGGAUUGGAAGAGCAAAUAAUGGGGUUAAUAGAAGAUGGGAAUGCAAUGUCUCAAAGGGAGAAGAGUGCAGGGGAAAGAAUUUGUCAUUUGGAGGAGGUCGUUAAGAAGAUGCAAACUGAAGAAAAUGAGAGGUUUUAAGGAAUUGGAGACGCGGGUUUUGAAAUUGCAAGAAGAAAAUGCAACAUUGAGAGACUUGCAGGUCGAUGCAGCUGAUGAGACGCAAUUGAUUAGAACUGAAACAAGUCCAAAUCCCCCUUUUACACCCGCCAGUUGCAAAUGUUCUUCACUGCAAAUAAACUCCAAUGGUGUGCUCUCCUCAGGAGAUGCACCUCCUGAUUAUUUUGCAAGAGCAGUACUGGGAGGUUUUGAGACAGAAGGGACACUAACUGGAUUUCGCAAGUGCAGUGGGACACCAUCUACUGAGAAUCAAGUUGUGCUCAAACAAGCAUCAACUACAUAUAUGGACUUCUCACACCUACCGUUUUACUCUCGAGAGAUCACAUUGGAGGACAUCCUUAGGCAACCGCAACGAAUUCGUGAGGUCAUGAGGUUCACUAGGAUGAGGAGAAACAUGAUUUCAGCUGAGAGGGAGCUCCAUACAGAAACGGAAGGUAUUUGGGAACAAAUGGCUGAAGCACAAGCUGCUGCUCCUGAUGGUGCUGAUGCUGGUGAUGGUGCUCCUGCUGAUGGUGGUGUUGCAAAUGCUUCGGGUGGUGCUGCUGCUGCUGGUGCUCCUUCACUUUAA